GGCAGGUCCGCGUGCGCGGCCGGGCUGGGCGAGCGCUAGAUGGAGUGAUGCAUUAAGCGAGACGGGGAGGUUUUAACCUUCAGGGGGAGGAGCCCCGUUUAACUACAGGCAUUUGUUCUAGGGCAGGUCACUUUAAUCUCUUUAGCUUUAAACUGUCCAACUCGCAACUCGCGUUUCUCUAUAAGGGAUCUUUACCACUUCCCUGCCUAUGCGGCCGGACUGCUGUGCCUCUCCCCGAGCAGAGACAACCGGCUUCGAGGCACUGCCCAGAUCUUUUCUUCCGACACCCUUAAAAUAAUACUGCAGCCCGGCGCCCCUGCCAUGGAUUCCUUUAAAGGUGGAAUGAAUUUGGAGAGACUGCCCGAGAGCUUGAGACCCCAACCCUCCCAUGACAUGGCUUCCAGCUUCCAUUUGCAAAGAUCCUCGGAACCCAGAGACCCGAUCGAGAACUCAGCCAGUGAAUCCUCCGACACGGAGGUGCCAGAAAAGGAGCGCAGCGGCGAGCAGAAGAACGAGGACGGGGCCACCGACGACCCGGCGAAGAAGAAGAAGCAGCGGCGGCAGCGGACCCACUUCACCAGCCAGCAGCUCCAGGAGCUGGAGGCCACUUUCCAGCGGAACCGCUACCCCGACAUGAGCAUGCGGGAGGAGAUCGCCGUCUGGACCAACCUCACCGAGCCCCGAGUCCGGGUGUGGUUCAAGAACCGCCGAGCCAAGUGGAGAAAGCGGGAGCGGAACCAGCAGAUGGACCUGUGCAAGAACGGCUACGUGCCGCAGUUCAGCGGGCUGAUGCAGCCCUACGACGACAUGUACGCCGGCUACCCCUACAACAACUGGGCCACCAAAAGCCUCACCCCGGCGCCUCUUUCCACCAAGAGUUUCACCUUUUUCAACUCCAUGAGCCCCCUCUCCUCGCAGUCCAUGUUCUCGGCGCCCAGCGGCAUCUCCUCCAUGAACAUGCCCUCCAGUAUGGGCCACUCGGCCGUGCCGGGGAUGGGCAACUCCGGCCUCAACAACAUCAACAACAUCAGCGGCUCUUCGCUGAACUCGGCCAUGUCCUCGCCAGCCUGUCCCUACGGGCCACCAGGCUCGCCCUACAGCGUCUACCGGGACACUUGCAACUCCAGCUUAGCCAGCCUCAGACUGAAAUCAAAGCAGCACUCCAGUUUCGGCUACAGCAGUUUGCAAAGCCCCGGCUCUAGUCUAAACGCCUGUCAGUACAACAGUUGACGGACUUGACAUAAACCACCUCCGACAAACACCGCCGACAAAGCAAAGCAGAAGCAAAGCGACGUUUAACGGAAAAGAAAAAAAAAUUAUAUAUAUAUAUAUAAAAAUAAAACCCGAUGAUGAUCAAAGACAAAACCCGAGCAAGUGAGAGAGGAAAAUAAAAAGCAAAACAAAACACUACCCAGAAAACAAAACAAAACAAAACAAAAAAAAACCCAACCAAAACCCAAAAGCUCCGCAGACUUCGACUGUCUAGAAAAAAAUAAAUUAAUGCAAACCAACGAUGCAACCAACAAAGCAGCGCUUUAAAAGAAAAAAAGAAAUUAAACAUAAACCAUCAAAAACCGUAAACGGACCAGAAAACUUUUGCAAGAGACACCGAAAUCUGGUACAUGGAUGAGUUGCAAUUUUUCUCUGGAUUAUGCGGGUUGUAUGUGUUUACUUGAACUUGCACAGGAGUUGGUAAGGCGGCCGCUCCCCCAGGGGAGGGCGGCCGGGGGGGGACGCCUCGGUGGUAAGAGCUGGUGGGACGGUUCUUGGCCGCUUGUCGCACGGGAAGAGUUUGGUUAAUGUUUACCACUGAGACACAGAAUCACACUCGGAAAACAAACAAACAAACAAACAAACAAACGAAAAACAGAAAAAAAAGGGGGGGGAUAAAAAAUUAUAAUUCGCAGAGUAGAUUCUGCGGUAAAAAAAAUGGUUAAAAUAUUAGGUAUGAAACUAUUAAAACUAAUAAUGACAAGGGUCAACCACUUAUAUAAGGUUAUAUUUAUAUCUACCGUUGCAUUGUGCCGGAUCAUUGUCCUUGGCCGUUGAAUAAACUGUUUUUAAAAUGCAUGAUUCUUGAUGUUUUUUCUUUAGUUGGAAGCUAUAAUCCAGUCAUUCCUGAUACUAAGCAGCUCAAGGUUCCUACCUCUUCAUCCUUUCCAACAGACUGCAGUAUCCCCGGUUGUGAGAGAGCACAGAAACCCUCCAGCGAUGCGAAAACUGUUCAGCGUUCUCCCCAACUAAAGUCUUAUCCUGAUAAUGAAAUUAUCGUUCAUCUUUAUUUAAAUGCAGGGUUUUUUUUUUUCUCUUAAAAACAAAAUAAAACCAAAACCAAACCUUUUAGAGAGUCUAGCGAAAAAACAAAAGACGAAAACUGGUCUGUUAUGAAAUGAAUCCAGAUACUGCAUCUCUGCUAGAGACACAGCGAGCCUCGGCGUCCGGAAAGGUUGCUUAGCAAAGCUGAAAGCGUUCCUUGCUUUUCUAACUGUGAAGGAAAAACAAGGAGGGGAAAAAAAAAAAACCAACCCAAACCCCCCGAUCUUAAGGUGUUAUUAUCUUAAGGUGUUAUUAUGUAAAUGUAGAUACUUUAACAAGUGCUUGUUGGCAAGAAAAAAAAAAAAAAACAACAUGGAAAUUAUAAAUAUGAUCUUUAUUAAUACGUAUACAAAACGCAUAUGAAGUUUAAUUGCAGGCAUAUUUGUUGCUUAUUUUUUGUCGAUACUUAUUACCUGUAGAUGACAAAGAAACAUAAUAUAAAAUGCACACGGUACUUCUUUUCCCAGUGUAUUUCACACCUGUGGUAAACGUUACGCUGGAUGUUUCAAUUAUGCUGUUGUGGAUAAGGAUGCAGUAUAUAUAUUGUUUUAUAAGUUAUGUUUUGUGAUUAUUUUUUUUUCAAAAUUAAGAGCAUGGGAAUAAAAAAAAAAAAACUAAACAAAAAAAAACCAAAAGCGAAACGAAAUCUAGAAAUGCCUUCAAUGUUCUUUUCUGGCUGUGUUUAAGAGAUCGACUAAAUAAGAAGAAAAGCAGUUUUCCCCCC